UGUGCAUGAUGAUGACGAUAAAUCCGUGAGUGAGCCAAAACUAACUGACUUCAAUCUUUUCCAUUACGUGACAAAAUCCCAACUCCCACAUAUUGACAACUCCUUGGCCGGCUAUUUCACAUGCCACCAAAAUUCUUCAGAAAUCCCAGCCAUCAUCAGUCACCUUUAAUUUCUUAGACCCUCUUUAUAUCCCUAAUUACUACUCCUCUACAACCCCCCCCCCCCCCCCCCGCCCACCUCCCCCCCUCCUCUGUCUCUGAUAAAGAAGAUGCAGUGUUAUUAAUCCGUUUUGUAUCCUUUGUAAAGUUUCUUCUUAUGAGAAGUCCUUAUUCAUGCCAACCAAGUGUCUCUUUUGCCCCAAUAUUGACUUUAACUACACCGAGCCGUAUUAGUUUCAUUGGGGUGAGAUAUAUAUAGAGAUUUUCCUCACCAGUCAUUUUAACUCUUGAAACAAAAAAGUUGAACAGUCAAUUAUAGUUGAUUCAUUUGCAGAAUAUUGCUAAAAAGUUCUCUCUGCAGUACUAUAGGCAACAGCAACCCAAUAAUGGAUCGCUUCCCAAUAAUAUUGGUCAGGUACCACUACUACUAGUCUAGUCUUUUUCUCUUGUCUUCUCUUCUUAUAAUUUAUACUUUAUAGAAUACAAAAUCUAAUAUAGCCUAUUCACCAGUUCAAUUUUACUACCUUGACAAUACUUUUCUCUAAUUCCUUCCUCUCAUGAUGCAAUUUACUGAGAGUUUACCACCAUCACUUCACCAACAAGUUUCACCGUUUUCAAAUCUUAUGAUGAAUAAGAAUAGUAGUACUAAUAAUCAGAUCCAACGUGCGCGCCCCUGGCCUGGUUUUCACACACCAAAGAAUUUGGGGAACAUUGGGGACACUAAUUGCAUGGAACAAUUGUUAGUCCACUGUGCCAAUGCUAUCGAGAGCAACGACUCGACUUUAGCACAACAAAUCUUGUGGGUCCUUAAUAACAUUGCCCCUCCUGAUGGUGACUCGAACCAGCGACUCACUUGUGGAUUCCUCCGAGCCCUAAUUGUUCGCGCAGCGAAAAUUGGGACUUGCAAAUUGCUCACGGCCAAUCUCAAUCAUUCCAUGGAAACUCAUAAAUUCUCCAUCAUUGAGCUUGCAAGCUUCGUUGACUUGACCCCUUGGCAUCGGUUCGGGUUCACGGCUGCUAACGGAGCUAUAUUAGAAGCUGUUGAAGGUUACUCUAUUAUUCACAUUGUUGAUUUUAGCUUGACACAUUGCAUGCAAAUUCCCACACUUAUAGAUGCAAUUUCGUCUCGACUAGAAGGCCCGCCGUUAGUCAAACUAACGGUAGCUGGUGCAACGGAAGAUUUGCCACCGAUGCUUGAUCUUUCUUACGAGGAAUUAGGUGCUAAAUUGGUAAAUUUUGCAAGGUCACGAAAUGUCAUGAUGGAAUUUCGAGUGAUUCCUUCGAGUUCAUCAGAUGGAUUUUCAAACGUUAUCGAACAGCUACGUGUCCAAAAUCUAAUACGUCCUGAGAAUGGAGAGGCACUGGUAAUAAAUUGUCACAUGAUGCUUCAUUACAUACCGGAGGAAACAACAUUACUGUCCAAUCGAUUUACCUCGGAGUGUACUACUAACUCGUUUCGUACCAUGUUUCUGAAGGCCAUUCGGAAUUUGGACCCUACAAUUGUUGUGUUAGUGGACGAAGAUGCAGAUUUUACGUCGAAUAAUCUGGUGUGCAGACUAAGGUCCGCGUUUAAUUAUUUAUGGAUACCUUAUGAUACUGUGGAUACGUUUCUUCCUAGAGGGAGCAAGCAAAGGCAGUGGUACGAAGCGGAUAUAUGCUGGAAAAUUGAGAAUGUGAUAGCAAACGAGGGUGUUCAGAGGCUCGAGAGGUUGGAACCGAAGAGUCAGUGGGUGCAACGGAUGAGAAAUGCAAAUUUGAGGAGCAGUGGAUUUAGUGAAGAAGCAGUGAUGGAAGUGAAGAACAUGUUGGAUGAACAUGCAGCUGGAUGGGGGUUAAAGAGGGAAGAAGAAGAUCUUGUGCUUACAUGGAAAGGACAUAAUGUUGUGUUUGCUACUGCUUGGGUUCCUCUUUAGUUAAUUUCAUUUAGCUUAGUAUUAAUUUUCAUUUUGUUUUUAACUCGAUCUAAUCUUCUUGAUUACUUAAUUAGUAUUCCA